AAUCCCCUCUUCUCCCAAUCAAUCAUCAGCGAAAAUGGCGGCUUUAGCAGCUCGUAGAUCCAGUGGACCGGUCAUCCGGUCCAUCUCCCCUUCCUCUAGUUUCAACCGCCACUACUCCGCCACCCACCAGUCCACGCCGUCCCAUUCCUCCUCCGCCGCCGCCUCCCUCCAGAGACCUGCCUCCCCUGCCCUGUACAACUACUCUUCUCCUUCACUCAGGUUUUCCAUGGAUCGGCCCGGUUCGCCCAACCGGUCCAUAUCCUUCACCACCCGGUCCGGUAAACCCGCCGCCGCUCCUCAGAAGCGAACGUGCAUGUGCUCCCCUACAAACCACCCCGGUUCCUUCCGAUGCAGCUUACACAAAGCCAACAAACCCACCGCUUCGAGAACGGCGUCGUGUGGGAGCUCGAGCAGGCUGAAUAUGAGGCGGUCCGCCAUGAAAAAUUCUCUGGUUCGAAUCGGUACGGUGGAGGGUGACUUGGUGACGAGAGCUCUCGCGGCGUUGAUUCGCCCUUCCUCCCAUAACCAGCGCCGCCGCGGUGAGUUCCGGCCCCGCCCCAGCCGCCUGUCCGCCAUGGCAAAAUCUUAAAACUUAUUCGGUUGCUAAAAUCACUCGCCGGUGACACGUCAUCGCGACCGUAUGGGGUUCUAGUACCGAAGGGGAUUUUUUUACUCCGGUGACCGGGAAACCCAAAUUUUUUUGAGUUGGACAAUUUGUUUGUAUAUAGUAAUUAAAUAUUAGAAUUGCGUAACUAUGAAGUAAAUUCAAUUUAAAAUGGGCAGUCCAAAUUCCAAGGAGAUU